GGUGUGGUCAAAGACUCACAGAUUACAAGUGAAUUGCAUUUCUUUUAAUUACUCCUCACUCACAAACAAACUCUUACUCUUAGUUUAAUUUACAGUGCAAUAAAUUUACACAGUGUCUAUUAAAUUUUUUGUUGAUGGGUUUGGGUUGGAAUCGUGUUAUAUAUAUAUGUAUAUUUAUAUAUUUAUAUAUAGAUAUAUCAUUGGGUUCAAGUAAAGAAUUGGAAGGAAUCGAACACAGAACAAUUGAAGCUAAUGGAAUCAAAAUUCAUAUAGCAGAGAAAGGAAAAGAAGGUCCAGUUGUUUUAUUCCUUCACGGCUUCCCUGAAAGCUGGUACUCAUGGCGCCACCAGAUUGCGGCUCUAGGUUCACUCGGCUACAGAGCCGUGGCUCCAGAUCUACGUGGAUACGGUGACACCGAAGUUCCAAGUUCGAUAAGCAAUUAUACGAUAUUUGACUUAGUUGGUGAUAUCGUUGGUGUAAUCGACGCGCUUGGUGUGGAUAAAGUAUUUCUUGUGGGUCAUGAUUGGGGUGCUGUCAUUGGUUGGCAAGUCUGUUUGUUUCAUCCUGAAAGAGUAAAAGCUUACGUUGCUUUGAGUGUUCCCUAUGCGCCUAGAAAUCCCAUAUUGAAACCUGUUACUGCCAUGCGACUUUUGUAUGGGAAUGAUUUUUAUAUCUGCAGAUUCCAGGAACCUGGGAAAGCAGAAGCUGAAUUUGCCAAAGUGGGGGCAGAACUGGUUAUUAGGGGCAUGCUCACAACUCGUACUCCUGGGCCACCAAUCUUACCCAAAGAUGGCUUUGGUUCUGAUCUAGAUCCUGCAAAUCCACCUCCACUCCCUUCAUGGCUCUCACAAGAAGAUCUGUCUUACUAUGUUUCUAAAUUUGAUAAAUCAGGAUUCACUGGUGCCCUUAACUACUAUAGAAAUAUCAACUUAAAUUGGAAGCUUACUGCAUCAUGGACUGGAGCAAGAGUGAAAGUACCUGUGAAAUUCAUCACAGGUGAUUUGGAUUUAGUUUACCAUUUGUUGGGUACUAAGCUAUAUAUUAAGAGUGGUGCUUUCAAGCUAUUUGUGCCAAAUUUGGAAGAAGUGGUUAUUCAAAAAGGUGUUGCUCACUUCAUCAACCAAGAAGUUGCUGACAAUGUCACCAAUCACAUUUAUGAAUUUAUCAAGAAGUUCUGAUUUUGUCACUUGUUGUUUACUUAAAUAUCGCCUUCUAAAUAAUAAUUAAGCCGCAAUUUGGAUACGAUAAGCAUGUACAAGUAUUCGUGAAUUAUCUCCGAAAUAUUAAAUAAAUUAAUUUAAAAAAAAGAAUUGAUAUUUUUAAAUCAUAUAUCUGCAUGUAAGUAUUCGUGAAAUAUUAUAUUCGAUAUGAAUACGUCUCUAUGU